AUAAUAUCAUGGCCACUUUUCUCACUCUUCCCACUGAAAUCCGUGCCAUCAUCUUCCAAUACGCCCUCAACGCGUCUCGUAACCGCCCCCUCAACCCCUGGACAGGCAAGGUCCGUCGAGAACCCUGCUUAGACACCAGAUACACCGUCUGCGGGAGAAUUGGCCCCAACAACACCCUCUACGAGACCUUCAGCCGCCGCGACGCUUGCGUCACAUCGACUCCCCUCCUACUUCUCAACCACCAGCUCCACGAUGAGGUCACCGCUUUACUUCGUCUCACCAACACCGCGAAAACCAUCUACCAUCUCGACCUCAUGUACGUCAAUGAGAUCGAACUCUGGCCCACAUGGCUGAACGUCCCGCGUCUAAGCACGCAUAUCGACGAGAUCAACGCCGACGUCCGCAUAUUCGGCCACUGUCUCGUGCCUGAGAGUCUCCAGCAUCUGGGUGCGGAAGGCAAUGGAGACGGCGUGCACUGGUGCUUUUACGCACUGUUAGAGCGGUUCAUCGUCCACGGCCCGAUCGGUUCGUACGUCAGCGACGAUCCCGCAGAGAAGAACCGUCAACGUGAUCUGUACGGCCGUAGACGAUUCUACGUCCGAUCCCUUGUUCUAAAUAUCAAGUCUGGCUCCGAUGAUCGGUACCCCCUGGCCCCUGCGCAUCUCAAAUGGAGGGAUUAUAUGGGACAUCGUACGCGGGGGCGUCCGGCGAGAAAUAAAUUUCGUCUCGGGGAGUAUACGCCGCAUGCGGAGUGGGUCAUUCAGACCUUGAGGAAUAAACUGAGGGUUUUGGUGGAUAUCAACAACAACCAUUGUGGUGCGCUAAAGGGGCAUGUGGGGGAGAUACGGAUGUUGUUGGAUGGGGAGUUGUAUCACGAAUUUAGGAUUUUGUAG